UGAUGUCAGAGAGGGAGAAAACCCCAGAUAGUCCUUCAGCUGAUGGGAAGUGCACAGAGAUAAUUUGCCUUCCACAUUGUGAUGACAGCAUUUCCAUUUGAACAACAGGUGGUUGUACUGCAGCAGAUGUGGAUACUCUAUGGGCAUCCAUCACAAACUAUUAUUCAUACUUUCUUCACAAGACUUAAGGACAAUAGAAGUUCUUCACAUUACUCAACAAUGUUCACAGUCAGUAUAGUAAAAGUGCCACAAGCAGUUUGACUACUGUGUGGCACCUUGACUGAUAUCCACUGGUUGGGUCAUUGAAUGUUCUUGAAUGGCUGCUGUCAUACAUAGACAUCUUUUUUUCAUUCUUGCUAUAGUACUAGAGUGUUCUGGCCAAUAUUACACCAGGUAUAAUGAUGACAGUAGUAAUAGGCAGCAAGAUUACAACUCCCAGUGUCCAUCUCUCAUCAAAGGCAGCUGCACCUGUACGGACUUUAUGGUUGACUGUUCUAACCAGGAACUGUCUUGGCUGCCACCUGGCAUUCCAACAACUACAAAAUAUCUUUUUCUUAAUAAUAACAAGAUUUCAGCCAUAGAAGCAUCAAGCCUAAUUUACCUGUCUUCCUUGGAAGUUCUAGAUCUUAGUUCAAAUGAUCUUCAAACAUUAUCAGCAGAUAUUUUUGAUUUGCUUCCAUCACUAAGACAGAUAAAUUUGGCCAACAAUGAUUGGAACUGCAACUGUUCUCUAAAAUCGCUCUACACUCGGCUGCUUGCUGCAGAAGCAAGUGGGCUUAGUGUUGUUGAUAGGUCAUCUACUUUCUGCCUACAGAGGCCAUCUGUAUCUUUGCUUGAUUUGUCACCAUCAGAUUUUUUGCCUUGUGAAGUGCCUCCUGUUCGUGUUAUCCGUGCUGUAUCCAGUCCUUCUCUCACUCCUAUCUAUCCAAACUGGACAAGUGUCUGCAACAAAUGGUUUCGUCAAGAGGAUUGCAACAAUGGUCCACUUGAAGCGGCAUCUUGUGUAUUCAGUCCAGAUACACGUGUCAUGGCCACUGUACAGCACCGGAUUUUCACUUCACAACGAGAUAUUGUUGCUUGCCGGAACUUCUGUUUCUCUGAAGCUUUCAGUUACUUUGCCUAUCAGAAUUCGACCGUCAACUGUCUGUGUGGACAGGAAGACACUUCACUCAGCUGCUCUGACUGCACCAGUGACACCAUCUCGUCUACUGCCCUUAACCUUUGUGGAAACAGAUACAUGCGGGUUCCUCUUGCCCUCCACAUGCUUUCAGACAUUAUCCUGACAAAAAGUUCUCCUACCACUGUUUAUACACCAAUAACCAUAACUUGCACUGGUUAUCCCAGUCUUAUCUCCUCCUUUUCUUGGAACCUCGGUGAUGGCGCUAUCAUCAAUUCAACAACUGGUAGCAUCAGGCACACUUACUUGUAUCCAGGAUCCUUCCCGGUUAGUCUGACUAUGUGCGGGUUAGGUCAGUGCCUGACAGUUGAGGUAACAGUGACUGUCUACAGCAAUCAAGGACAGAAUAGGCUGUUUUGUCCAGCAGUUGGGCAAUGUCUCCAAAAAAUUGGGGUUUGUGAGGGCAGCUGGACACAUUUUCAAGCUAUGUGUAUCAAAGUGGAGACAAAUACCAAACAGAAUUUUCAGUUAGCAAGUGCUGCCUGCCAAAAUUUGGGUGCCUCUCUCUUAACAUUCAGUCAUCUGGAUCAAAUUGAAGAACUUUUACAGUCUACCUAUUUACCUUCAGAGGAAAGUUUUAUGGGGGCUGAGUAUGAUGGUUCAGAGUACAAAUGGGUUGCUACCAAUGCCCCUGCCACAGUUUUAAGAGCUUUGAAUCUCAGUCAAACAACUGCUCCAAUCCAGUGCCCUGAUGGUGUCCUUCUAGGAUCUAGCAGUCACUGUUUCUAUACCUCCUCAGACAAGCAGACUUGGGUGGUUGCCAGGGAACAGUGUAACAAUCAGCAUGCUGGAGAUUUGGCUGUCCUCACGGACAGAAACUUUGGUUCUUUGAUCACUUCAUCUUUGCAUCUAAAAACCACCUCAUGGAUCGGUCUGAGUGCCCCUAAAUUGUUGGGUCAUUAUAUAUGGGUGGAUGGGUCAGCACCUACAUUAGACAGUAGCUGGAACAGCAACUGGCAGGCCAUAGGUGUACAGUGGCCUUGUGUGGCUUUGACACCUAGUGGUCUGUGGGAAGCUACAGAUUGCAACCAACAGCUGCCAUACAUCUGCGAGUACACUUUAAAUGUUGUUGUGCAAACUGAUCUCUACAUUACUGGCACCAUUGAUGUGGAGAAAUCCACAACCUCAGUGCAAAAGCUCAGUGAGAGGACAGCACUGCCACCUUCCAGUGGCCUCGCGUCUGUCAUCUUUCCUGGUGUUUGGUUUGCCAGAAAAGGUAUAUUGUAUGAAGUCAAUCUGCAGCUAGAAGCAUACAAGUCUGACACUGCCUUAACUAUAAUGGUGCUUCGUCCAUCUUGUCCUAGUGGGAAAUUUCUUAUCAGACCAGGAUGUCGCAGCAAUGUUUUUGCAAGCUGUGGAUCACCAGCAGAAGCCAGGAACUGCCCACUACUUCCUACAUGCUCAUCCAGUGAAGUACCUUGUUCCCUGUUAAACACCUGCAUCAACUCGUCUGUCCCCUGCAGCUGUGCAGGUGUCACACCUGUCAGUGCUGACUGUUCAAAUACUGAUCUUGAUGAUGAGCUCUCCUUUUCUGUCGUCGGGCAAGCAGUUUUUGAUGUCCCUGCAGCUGGGGGAAGUGUGUCAGCACAAUUUGUAAACAGGCUACAGCUGCAGCCUUAUGACAUCAUUGGUUUCCAGAGUAAUGGGCCUUCUGGUUUCCUCUCAUGCACCAAAGAUUCGUCUUCUAAUCAGCAGCAAAUAAUCUUUAAGAAGGGAAGCACCUCGGCCUUAAGGACGGCAGCAGAAAUAAAGCUAGGUGAUUACAGAAAAUUGGAAGAACAAGUCUGCACGGUCAUUGCUGUGUAUGGCAUUCCUGCUGUUCUCUCCAUCCCUGACAGCAUAGGCUUUGUACCAGAUGCAGACACCUACACGUUCAGUGCUGAAGUGAUUGCUUCCCCAGCACUGAUGGCAUCUUGUAGUGUCACCAUGGACCAGGAGAUAGGAGUGGUAAAGUGGCUGCACCCAGCACUCACACAAGCCAGUCCUACUCCAGUGCUGUAUGUUGAAGCUGGUGUUUUGGAAACUUUGUUAGUCAUCAUAUCCAGUGGCUCAAACCUGGAAGUAAAGUGGAUCCUUAGUACUGGACAGUCAUACAGCGGAAACUUGACUUCUUCUUGCCCCUCUGCUCUGUCAGCACUGCCACAGUGCCAGAAUCCCAUCAGUCAACUUACCACACCUUUUGCCUUCUUGCAGCUUGCAUUCCCUUUGUCACAGUCCACAUCACUGACAGUAAAUGUAGGAAAUUCUCUUGGACAGAGCGUGGUGAUUGUUAGUGUCAACACAAUUGUGCGGAUCAAGGAUCUAACGCUUUAUCACACAAGCUGUGUCAACCACAGUGCAUGCUCACCAGUUCUAGAAGCAGGACUGACACACCAAUUCUUUUGUGAGUUCACUGCCGGCUUUGUGGAUCAGUACCAGUUUAAGGUGAAUGGAACCCAGAUAUCAGCCUCUUCAUUACCUAAUGCAUCAUACUUUUUUGCAAGUCCAGGCCUGUAUGUUAUCACUGUCAGUGCUUCCAAUGGCUUGGAGACAGUCAAGGCUUUGCUGACAGUCAAUGUCAAGGUCAGAGCUAAGGUCCAGCAAGCUCUCUUGCACGAACUCAGUCCCACAUACAUUAGAGUGGGUGUGGACCACAGCUUCAGGCUGACUGCAGAAGUGCAAACAAAUGCUGAGUUAAACAUCACAUGGCAAUUUGGGGAUGGAGGAUACAGUUCAGGCACACUUCAGCUUUCCACAACAGCAGCUAAUAUUUCCCAGAACUAUACUUACUCACAGGUUGGGCUGUACACUUUGCAGGUGGUCCUCAUAGAUGCCUUUGGGGUGAUUGUCUCUCUUGGGACUAAUGUGACUGUACUGACCCCCAUUAGACGACUGGUUAUCCUUAUCUUCAUUUGCAGUAGCUUCUGGGACCCCUUACACAAAAGCAAGAUUUUGGCAACAUCAGCUACAUAUUUAACUUUGGUGACCAGUCCUCCGAAACUGUGUCCAGUUUUCUCAAUUCCACCACGAUAUCACACAUACACCACCAACGGCACUUAUCGUGUGAGCAUCACUGUCGCCAACCCAGUGAGCUCUAGUACAGAUUUAGUUGAUGUUAUAGUCCAGAUUUGCCCAUCCUCUGUGAAAUUUUCCUACAAUGGACCGCAGAAUGUAUCUGCAGAACUGACAUUUAUAGCAGAAGUGAAAGAGGGUACUGACUUAAAAUACCUGUUUGAUUUUGGGAAUGGUUCUCUAAUCCACCAGCAGAACCCUGAAGUCAAGUUCACAUACUUUGUAGCAGGAAUAUACACAGUUGUGGUCAAUGUCUCCAAUGAUGUUUGCACAGUUUCAGAUGAAGAGAGUGUGGUUGUAAUGGAUGCAGACACCCUCUUUGUCAGAAAAAUGGUCUAUAAUAAAUGCACUGCAGUAGGUGUUAAUGUGGAAUUCAUGGUUGAUAUUGUCACUAUAAAUGUGAUGGCUGUAACUUUCAACUGGACAUUUAGCGAUUCAACAGUCAAAACCUAUAAUGGAACACCAAGUGCUCAUCAUAUAUUUAACACCGCUGGUGAUCAUACUGUGACAGUAAACAUGUCUCUGGCUUCAGGCAAUAGCCGAAGUAGGAGUGCAGUUGUCUGUGUGCAGGAACCUGUUGACAAUGUCACAGUUACUGGUCCAGAGCAAGUGGGUUUCAGCAAGACCGCAGCAGCAACUGCAUGGUUCUUGGCAACCCCUUCACAUGCCACAGACGUGGGAUUCUCGUGGGCCUUGAAUGGCUCUGCUUUGUCAGUAGCUGGAAAAAACGUCAGCGUACAGUUCGGAAAGGAAGGGUUAUACAACAUCUCUGUUUUGGCCUAUAAUGAAGUCAGCGAAACUUUAGCCUGGAUGGUGGUCAGAGUGCAGCAUAUUGUGGAGGAUCUGGUUGUGGUGUGUCACAGCUGUGUCAGCAACAGGUACAUUGCUACUGGUGAUCUCAUAAAUCUAACCUGCACUUACCUUGGCACAGAUGUUAGCUUUGUCUGGAGAGGUGGAAUUACUGCUGAUCAUGAAGGAGUAUUCUUUCAGUUUAUCUUGGCCGUACCAAGCAAUAACACAGUGCAUGUAAAUGCCUCCAACCUGGUGAGUACCCUCUCCACCACAUUUGCUCUGGAGGCUCAGACACAAGUGUCUGGCCUCGAGGUGACAGCAAGUUCACAGAAUGUUGUUGUAGGCUCAGGUGUCUGGCUGAUGGCAAACUAUUCAGGUGGAACAAAUAUCAAUUACACCUGGAAUUGCACUGGGCUGCGUGUGCAGCGCUCGGUAGUAAACACAAUUAUGCAGACAUUUGCAACUUAUGGAGAGUAUUUGUGCCUGGUUACGGCAGCCAACAAUGUCUCCUCCAUGAGGGCUAACACCAGUAUUAAUGUUCUAGAGGAUAUCAAAUUCUUGGGUGUGCAUAAUCUGACAUCAGGUAAUACACUUUACUUACCAGUCAACAAGCCUUCCGGUGUGCAAGCCGAAUGCAACACAAAGUUUCGUGUGGAAUUUACAUGGACAGUCAUAAAAGCCCAGGCAGUGGCACAUGUUAGCAAGGGAAACAAUCUUUCCUACGUUUUCCCCUCUGUUGGCUCUUAUGAGGUCAAUCUUACAGCAUCUAAUGCAAUUAGCUCAUUGACUGUCACCAUACCAACAGAAGCAGAGGAAGAAAUUUCAUACUUGCAGCUUAAAACUAACAGUUCAGAAGUGACAGUUGGAUCUUUUGUAAACUUGACAACACAUAUUGGUGCUGGAAGUAAUAUGCAGUACGAGUGGUUCAUCAACAGGUUCCCUGUUCCAGCUCAUGCAGGGGAAAGUUCUUUCCUAUAUUGCUUCCAGACAAAUGGUACAUUUGUGAUUACAGUGAAUGUAUCCAAUUACCUGAAUUCAAAAUUAUCUACCGUUACAAUAAUUGUCCAGUAUCCCAUCAACAAUCUUUCUAUCGAGACAUUGUUAAAUUUCAGCCAUCCUUACGUCACUCAGAAUCAACAGGUAUCUUUCUUAGGAAAGUUAGCAACAGGCACUGAUCCUCAAUUCAGCUGGACUAUCAUUGACCCGUCUUUGCAGAAAAGGCAAACAAGUGGAGAGAUGUUGGUGCUGAUAUUUUCUGAGCUUGGAAUGUACGAAAUAAGAGUGAAUGUCUCUAACCUGGUUAGCCAGGACGUCCAAGUUUUCACUGUGCAUGUGGAAAGGGCCAUCACCAACCUCACCCUCAACAUGAACCACUCAAGUGUUGCAACUGGCCUUCCCGUCUCUUUCUCAGCUUUGGUUAACUUACUUGCUACUCCAGUCAUUUUUGAAUGGACUAUUGAUGGUUCACAGGAUGACAGCUGCAUCUUUGAAAAAAGUUUUCCAGAUGCUGGGGUUUAUGAAAUAAAGGUCACUGCAUAUAACAACAUAAGCUCUAUGACACAGAUCAGAUCCUUGGUAGUGCAAGUUCCUGUUACACAGGUGGAGGUGAUCAACUGCAGUGAUGUGGAGGAAGCCGGCAUCCCUAUCUCACUGCGAGGUGUGGCGCAGGGUUCCAGUGUGACAUUCUCUUGGCUGGUCCAGGAACAACUAGUCAACAUCAGCAGCAGCAGAGCAAACUGGACCUUGGUUUUCCCGUCAGCAGGAUUUUACCUAGUGACACUUGUGGCACAAAAUGCAGUGAGUCAAAGUGUAACCACUUGUCAGAAACAUGUUCAAGCUCGCAUCACUAGCAUCACUGUCUCCAUUCUCCAUCCACCUGCAGACUACAUUUUCACCAACCAAAAUGUUACCUUUAUGGUGCAUGGAGAUCAUCUACAGGAAGCUCAGUACAACUGGGUUGUUGCUGGUUAUCCUUCCAUCACCACAUCUGAACCUAGUCUGAUGAUGUCUUUUACUUCUGCAAAGCAAUUUAGCUUAGAAGUCAUUGCACACAAUGCCAUCAGCCAGAAAACAGAUGUCGUUACCUUUACUGUGAAGGAGCUUCAGUGUGACCUACCAGUAGUAAGUCCAGUUGGCAGCAGCAGUCGCACAGUGCUACGUUCAGCUUCUGUUCGGUUUGAGGUCUACAUUGCGAAAAGCUGCUCCAAGUACUUGGCAGUUUAUACUUGGCAAGUGUAUGAUGUGGCCGACUGUUCCCAGGCCUUGUCCUCCAGUCCUCUACCUCUGCCUUCAGUGGAAACUUCAGAACCAACACUUAUUCUGCCUGCCAAUCGCCUACCAACUUCUUCAGACCAGUUCUGUCUGCGCUUUGUUAUGGGUUACAAGAACACACCAGUAGACGAGCAAGUGCAUUAUAAUCUCACUGUGCUGUCCACUCCACUGAAGGCACUCAUCUUGGGAGGUGGCCAUCGUAUUGUUCAAGGAAUUCAAAGUGUCUGCCUGGAUGCCAGCAUUUCCUUUAACCCUGACAAUCCUACUAGUUCAUCUGGCAUGCUGUAUUCAUGGAGCUGCACAGAGAUUUCAGCUGCAGGAGGCUGCUUUCAACCUUUGACCACGUCCACCAGCAAGUAUUGUGUGUCUUCCUUUAUUAAUGGCAUCUACAACAUUUCCCUUACCGUCAGCAUGGGCACACAUGUUCCUGACUCAACUUUUCAGAUUCUGGAUGUGUCUACCAGUAGCCCAGGUGUGCUUGAGGCGGGCAUACUGUGUGUAUCCUGCUCUGCCUCUGGCCAUUACCGGAUUAGUUCCAGCCAGCAUACAGCACUGUCUGCUCAGUGUGUGAAUUGCACCUGCCCGCUAAAGUACAGCUGGACUGUGUAUGAGGACCAGAGCACCAACGCAAUAUUUCUGGGCAACAAAGACACCUCCACGGGGACACAGGCAGCAAACCUGGUGGUACUGCGCAAUACGGUGCUUAAAGAUGGCCAUUCCUACACCUUUACUGUCAUCACCGAGUGCCAAGAUGGCAGCAGAAGCCCUGGCUGUGCCUCCAUCACCCUCCUCCCCAAUCUUCCCCCUUCUGGUGGCAGUUGCACAGUAACACCUUCUAGCAUUUCUCCUUUGGAUGCAGUCAUCGUUGCCUGCAGUGGCUGGGUGGACCAGGACGACUUGGAGGCCAUUCUGCUUUAUGAGAUGAAAGUGGAGCACGACGUGGACAGUUACCUGCUGUACUAUGGCACUCAUGAGACAGAGACUGUUUACAUGGCCCCAUGGCCAGGAUCAGGCAACAACGCUUCCCAGCUAGUGGUCAGCGUCAUUGACCAGGAUGGAGCAAGUGCAGAAGCUUUACGAACGUGGAUCACCUUCAAGGCUACAGCAACAGGAUCCAUGAAUGAGUCCCAGCAUCUGUUGUCCAGUGCGUCAGCAAUGUUACCAACACUCAUGAAGCAGGGAGACCCAAUUCCUUUAUUGCAGUACUCCUUGGCUCUCACCCAACUGCUGAACUCAGCAUCCCAAUCCCAUGGAAAUAGUAGUGAGGAAAUACAAGCCCAGACUCUUGCUCGUAUGGCCAUCGUGUUGUGCUUGACCUCCAGCGUCCCAGUCAGUACUGUGCAACAAGCUUUGCAGCUAGCUUAUGGGCUAAAUCUAUUGACGGAGUUCUCUAAUGGAUACCAGUCUAGCAGAUAUUCUGCACUCAUCCUGCGGUCCCUGCAAAACAUUGUUGAUGUGCUGCAGUCCAAUGUCCAGCCUGGCCUUGACAGGGACGACUUUGCCUUUGAGUCCAUUCACGCUGCAGUCUACCACUUGAUCUCCACUGUUAACUACAAUCAAGACAGACCAUCUUCCAGCUCACUGCCAUCACUUACUGAUUCCUUUCCUGGUUUUCUUGAUCUCAGCUCAGAGUUUGUCACAAUCAUGCAAAGCCUGGACACAUCAGACACUCAGCUGGAUGAGACUCAUAGGAUGAAGAUUGUUACAGACUCUUUUGGGCUGGCCAAGUCUGUGACUGUGGUUGUGCUGAGGUCGAUGGUCCUGGAUGAGAGCAGCAUCAAGCUUAAGCUGGGUGAUGUACAGGUUGUGGGUUCUCGCAGUACAGUAGGAAAGUUGGGAAAGUACAUUCAGCAGGGAAACUGCAGCUUCAUCCUUCCAGAUGACCUCUUCUCAACCAUGAGCAGUUCUGAUGAGGUUCUGGAAGUUAUCAUCAUGUUAAAAGACAAUCCUUUCACGUGGGGAUAUUGGAAUGACCUCUCCAUAACCACGUCUGUACCAUCACUAUCCUUCAGCUAUGGCAAUGGCUCAGACCUCAGGGUUAGGGACCUCUCCACAGAUAUCAAAAUCAUCAUGUCCGAAAAGGGUGCGAAGAACUUCAGUAUCACAAACAACAGCAUUGUCAACAGUGAAAUUUAUGACCCCAUGUCCGGCUUGCAGUUUCAGACAUGGACCCUUGAAGCUGACACUUCAAAGAAGCUGGUGUUCAAUGUAGAGCGUGGAGAAUCAGGGGUGACAGCAUUCUUCAUGCAGGUGCGAAUUCAGUCUUGGGGCUCCACCACCAAUAUUUCCAGUAAGCCGUCAGUGAAGGCCUUCCUUGGUGCAGGCUUUGAGGCCUCCUUAGACAAGCAUACAGAAUUCAAAGAGAUCACUGAAAGUCACAUGAGUCCUGGAGUAGAUCACCGACAUUACACAUUCUUUGUCUCUGAACGAGACUUUGACAGCUCAAAGGAAUACUCUAUCACCCUUGUCAACCCUGAUGUGGAAACAGCCAUCAAUGUCUCCUCAGCCAUGUAUUUUGUCAGCUGCCAGUACUUUGAUGAGGCUAACAGCAAGUGGGCCACAUCAGGCUGCUCUGUAUCCAGCGAGUCUAUUCCCAUUGCCACAGUCUGUAACUGCAACCAUCUGACAGUUUUUGGUGGAAGCAGUCUUGUUCCGAUUUCUAGCAUCAAUUUCUCAGAUCUUGCAAAACUGCAGUUAGGCUUAAACCCAGUGGCUCUAACAGCAGUCAGUGUCAUCCUCCUCCUGUACAUUGCACUAGUGAUCGGAUGUCGUUAUCUGGAUCAUGCUGAUUUGCGUCGCAUUUCCAUGGUGCCACUUUGUGGCAAAGAUGGCCUUUUCAAGUACUACAUAACUGUGACCACAGGACGACAAAUAGGGGCAGGUACUACAGCCCAUGUAGGUAUCAAGUUAUAUGGAAAGCUUGGAAAAAGUGAAGCUCGACAUUUGACAAAAGCAUCUGCUUUCCAGCGCAACUCACGAGAUGAUUUUCUUAUUGCCACUGACAAGGAGCUAGGCAGCCUGCACAAAGUUCGCUUGUGGCAUGACAAUGCAGGCACCUCCCCUUCGUGGUAUGUGGUACAGGUACAUGUUCAUGACCUGCAGAGGGACAGGAGGUAUGUGUUUCCUGCUCAUACCUGGUUGUCACUUGAAGAGGAGACAGGCAAGCUGCAGAAGGAGAUCCAGGCUGCAGACCCAGAAGAGCUCCACAGUUUUUCACAUGUCUUCAGGACUUCACUCUCCAACAGCUGGGCAGAACGACAUAUGUGGCUGUCAGUUGUAGAACGGCCUGACCACAGCCGCUUCACCAGAGUUCAACGGGCAUCAUGUUGUGUAGCCCUUUUGUACUUUUACAUGUUUGUCAGUGCAGUGUGGUAUGGACUCCUCAAAGAUCAGAAAGAGGCAGCCUUGCCUUUCUCCUGGCAAGUCUUUGGGUGGGAGGACCUUAUCAUUGCCCUUGUGUCAGUGACAAUCACCUUUCCCAUUGGCCUUGGCCUCAUCUUUAUCUUCAAGAAGAGCAAGCUGCAGCCAGGCAUAUUUCAGCAUGUCCAGAGGCCACAAUCAGCACAAACCCUUGAAAUUGAAGCCAUGUGUGACAUGUCACUCUAUGGUGGAUCACUCCGUACUGGAACACCAAAUGAAGAUUGGAUGAGCUAUUUUGAAAGAGAAAGCACAGCUGAAUCUAUUCCUCCCAUCAGCAGCCAGCUGCGCCGUACCACUACUGUCAACCCCACCAGGAAAGACCAACAGAUCAACUCUUCAACUACUUUUCCUGGCAGCAAUAGAAAGCGACAGUCAGCCUUGGUGGGAUGUUUCAACGAACACACGCUGAUGUGGAAUCAGGAGAAUAUCCUGAAGUCCUGGCCAGAAAAGCUGCCAUCCUUUGCAGAAGAGGAGAAUUCUCCCAAGGCCUCAACAUCAUCAGCCAAAAACAUUAGUCAGAAACCUUCAUCAUCAGCACAGAGACAGGUGAAGAAGACUAUCAGAACAACAACCAACAAAGCCUUCAAAGCAACCACUGCUGAGAAGAAACUUGCACCUGACAAGUCUGAGGCAGCUAUGGACAGCGAUGAGGAGUUCAUGCAGCGUCUGGAUGAAAUAGACAGAGAUCUUCAAAAAUCAAGUGUCAAGAGCAAGCCAGUCAAACGGGGCAGCCAGAUAUCCAGCACUUCAGGGUCUCGGAAGAACUCUACCCAGACAUGUGUUGAAGAUCUCUUUGACUCAGGAGAUGAGUGGACCUACGAGGAUGUGGAGCCAAGUGUAAAGAAGAAGGGAAGCACAGACAGCCGCAGCUCCACACAACAGGAGCAUCCUGGGAUGGACAGGAAAGCCAGCCUCACAAGCUUGCUUUGGCUUCGUGCAGCCUCCAUGCAUUUACCCACCACAUCUGGGGCAAACACUCGGGAUGGAUCUUUUUUCCACAGGGAUAGUACUUUCAUUCACCGGGACAGCAUAAUGCACAGUUUCUUGACGGCAGGGAAAUCUCGCACAACUCUUUCCGCCAUGCUAAAACACCACAUGCAAGUGCUUAAUGGAAACUCUGAAGAUGAGGGGUGUCGUCUGCCAUCUUUCUGUGUGUAUGUCGGCUAUGCAAUCUGUGUAGUAAUAUCUGUGAUCUCUAUCAUCAUGGUGCUACUGUAUGGCUACAAUUUUGGCCCGGCUACUGCAGCCAAGUGGCUUGUCUCUGUCCUCAUCACAUUUUUGGUUUCUGCUUUUGUUCUUGAGCCUUUGAAGGUGGUGGCCUUAGCACUUUAUGCUGCUGUGGUGACCAAGGAUGCAGAGAAGGACAUGGAAGCCGAUGCAAUUGAUAUCCAGCCACGAGUGGAGGCCAAUGAACAGAUCAAGGAAGUCAAGUUCCGGCCCAUUGGGGGAUUUGCUUUGCUUCAAGCCCAAGAAGAAGGGAAGAAGGUCCGUCAAAUGAGAAGAAUGCUUCGCCAAGCAACAGCUUAUUUGUUGUUGAUCUCAGCCUUGCUUGCGACUGCCUAUCUCUACUUUGGAUCAGCAUUGUAUCUUCAUGGCAACCACAUUCGAAACACCAUUGUGCAUCCUAGUGAUGCGGCUGAAAGCCUUUAUGAUGUCAAAACGACUGACCUGUUUUGGGACUGGGCAUGCCAAGUGUUAACACCGGUGCUACACAGACAAGAAGUGGCGUUGAAUGAAGAGAGUCCAGUUCUUCUAGGGCCUGCCCGUCUGCGCCAGAUAAGGAGCACGUUAGUUGACUGCCUGAGGAAUGCUAGUCAUAAAUGUGUUGGGCAACUGACAUUCUCGGAAGACAUGGCUUCAUAUGCCAUCAACUGGGACUCAGUAGGCAAUGCAUCAUGGAUUCACUCUUCUGCUGAGCAGCUGAGAACGUGGCCAAAAUUUGGCCAUGACCUCUUGUACCCUGGAGGUGGCUAUGUGCAGGAGCUGGGGACAACAUUCAACCAGACACUGAACAUGCUUCAGAGUCUUAGAAACUGCAACUGGCUGGAUCGAAGAUCAAGAGCUUUGUUCAUUGAGUGGACAGCAUACAGCCCGGCAAAUGACCUGACAUCCUGCGUAACUUUGCUGUUGGAGUUUCCUAUCUCUGGUGGAGUACUAGCCAGCCACUCCAUCACCACACAACGACUCUCGGUUUUCUUCUGGGAAAGAUUUGAUCCUCUAUAUGUCUGUCAGGUCCUUCUGCUGCUGAGUGGGCUCUACCUCCUCUCUUAUUCUGUCAUCACUGCGAUUCAGCAGCGCUGGAAGUACUUUUGUAGCCUUGGCAACUGGAUGGAACUGCUUUGCACCUUGAUGUGCCUGACUAGCAUUGGUCUGUACGUGGCAUGUGUUGUCAUAGCAACAGACACCUUCCAAGGUUUUUUCAGCAACCCAUCGUCUUUCACCAACUUUGAGCGAAUUGUUCACCUGCAUGAAGUGUUGCACUGUGUGCAUGCCUUCCUUCUGUUCUUGCUGUUUCUCAAGCUUGCAGUUCAGGUGAGGUUCAUCCGUCCACUCCAUGUCCAUGUUCUGACACUCAGCACAGCCAGUGGUAGGCUGGCUGCAGCCAGCUUCAUCUUCCUGUUGCUUUUUCUCAUCUAUGCACAGUCUGGAUAUCUGUUCUUUGGGAGCAUUGUCCAGGGCUAUCGCAGUUUCCAGAGCACCCUGCUGACGCUGUUUGGCAUCAUACGGGGCAGCAUAGACUUCAGCGCAUGCUUGGAGUAUGGACCUGUGUUCAGCCACUUCUUCUUCUAUUCUUUCUACGCAUUUGUCUACGGUCUUUUCAUAGCCCUUGUCAUCGCAAUACUGCAGGAUUCUUACAAAAUGACCCGUUCCCAGAUGUACUUCAAGUCAUCCCUUGAACCUCAGGACUACGAGAUGAUCGAGUUCAUGCUUCGGCGGUUCAAACUGUGGGCAGGCUUUACCAAGCCAAAACCUGCAUUCCGGCGUGUCAAGUUCGAGGGGCUUCCUUCCUUACCAAGCAGAAGCAGCAGCUCAGCUGCUUUGUCAUGGCGACCAGUCAGUCAGAUGUCACGUGAACUGAGCUGUGCCACCCCUGACCUUGCAAGUGGCACGGAUGCCCUAGACAAUCUCUUGCCUCGAUGGGAAAAAUUUCUCACUCUUUUUGAAGUUGUGGAGUCACUUGAAAAACAAGAACAACUGCAGGUAGGGAAAGUUCAGGCAGCAGUGAAUCGCUGGUGCAACCAACACAAACAAAAAUUCAAAAAAGAUGGUGGUGGAAGGUGAAAAGAAAAGGUGUAGGUAGUGGCAACAGUAAGGAUGCCAACGAUACCACCCAGAAACCUCCCAUAGAUCCCAGCAGCAAGUUCAUACGUUUUCGAAACAACUUCCAGCAUGGCCUGAGUGUGAUCGCUAGUAACAAGGUUUCAACACUUGCGUCGACAUCACAACUCAAGCCUCUUACUCCCAAUGCUUCUACACACAAAGGACCUAGCGAUGUACGCCAAGAACUUCAGAGGUCAGCCAGUGACCAGCAUGGUCACAGUGGCAUUCCCUCACUUCCUUUCGUUCGUUAAGUGAUGGCCAGAAUGUCAAGUCCAGUUCACGCUCAGGAACAAAGAGUGACUUACCAAAGCCAACAGCAGUUCCGCAGACAGAUGGCACCAUUCAGAAAGAUAAUGCUCUAAGCGGCAAUAGUCCCAAAACCCUGGGGAGAGAUGAAGAGGCGUCACAUAAGCCACCUUUUGUAAGUCAGGUGCCCAGCAUCUCCCUUGCUUCACGCCUGAGACCUAAACUGAGCAUAACUGUGAGAGAGCCACCUAACUUAUCUGUUGACACCUCAGUAAAUGACAUCACAAAGAAGAAAGCAUGGGAUAACUGACUUCAAUAUGACAUGUACCAAGGAAAAGAAUGCAUUGUGUAUGCUAGAGUAAUGAGGAAAAGCAAGAUGCUGUUCUAAAUAUUUGGUUAUAUUUCUGCAGUUUUUAAAAAUUAUAAUUCUAGUCUUAGCACUGUGGGAAGAAAAAGGUGCAUUGAAGGAAUAGAUGAACGAAAAUGUAAACAAGAUAUUAAAAAAACACUUGAUGCAGAUACAGUACCAGUUUUUUUUUAUCUAAUCUGAAACUGUACCCAGAAUGGAGACUUUUGUGUUUUCAAUAUGCAUAUAACAUUUUGCGUGCUAUAAAUGGAUGAGAAAUAUAAUUGUGACCCUUGACUAGCAUGCAGCCGAAUGCAUGUGAUAUUUAUAAAUGUGCAGGAAAUUUUCCCCCAAAGCAUCUGUGAUAACAAGAAACAAUCUGCUAUAGUUCUUUUCACAUUCCUAUUCAGUACCUCUAAAAUCCUCAUAAAAAUUGUUUGAAGUUUGUUCAGAUUGUUGAUGGACUUGCCUAAGAGGUUUUGCAACUUCAUUUGAUUUGUGCACAAGUUUGGCACAUUGCUGUGCUUCUAGCCUGUGAUAAAUUUUGAUUCUUCUGUUUUCUUUAUUGCAUGCAAAAAUAUUUUUAUGAAGUCAAUUUGGUACAUGCAACAAUUAUAAAUGAAAAGAGGCUUUACUGAUCAACUCAGUCGAUGUGAUUAGUUAUGUUGCUGUUUCCGUCCAUGCACCCUUUUUGUGCAAGGUUGCUGAUGAUCACAGUCAAUAUAUAUUGCUGUAAUUUUUUAAUAUUCAGAGUUAAUGUAAAAAAGUGUGUAAUCUGCUUUUGAUAUUUUAAUAUUUCUAGUAUGAGGCAUCUUUAUUAAAUAUAAAAGUUAUAUAUAAAUUACAGAAGUGGACUGAAUGUAAAAAAUGGCUCUAUUAGCUGAAAGUAAUAUAUCUUUUUUGCAUCUUUGGAACUGAAAUAUAAUACCAGAACAUUGAAAUUUUUGCUGUACAAUUUUAUAACUGCAUUUUCUCUAUUCAUUGUAUAUGAAUUUGUGCAGAACUUUUUUUAAAAUAAGUCACCACAAUUUUUUUAUCCACGUUUAGACUGAAUUGGAAUAUAUUAUUAUUACUGGAGUAUUUUAUGAAAACAUCUCCAAAACUCUAUGUAUCUUUAGUCUAUUAUUAAUUCUAGGGUUAUUUUUUGAACUCUAGAGUGAGUCUAGGCUGCAACAUUUGCACACUGAAUUGUUGCCUUACCUAGUCCCUUUGGGUUGCUUGUGAGUGUGCAGUAGACUGCAUGUAGACAGAAAAACGUGAUUGUUGCCUUGGAUAACCCAUUUUGUGAGUAUUGUUCAUGAAUUAAUGCAGCCAUAUCAGUCAGUAUUAGAUGGCAUUCUUGAACAAAUCUAUCAUUAUUACCAAAUGUAUAUUGUUUUAUAUGAUAACUGUGAUAAGAGUACUUGGCAGCUUUUGACAUAUUUGGUAUAGUUAUAUGCAUUUUCUAACAAGAUAGCACUCAAGUGCAGAAGCAUGAGAACACUUUUUAAAAAAAUUGGAAUCGGAACUUGAUUGAAAGGAAAGUGUUUUUAACAGAGAUCAGAUGGAUAUAUCUGAGUGCACUAGUUUUCUAAUCUACUAACACCAUAGGUUGUCAUAGAAAUAUUACUGUACAAGUUGACCUGCACAACCAGCUGUCAAAUAUUGUGAACACUGUGCUGAUCUUCACAGACCUGGUGAAAGGCAUGAAGUCAUUAAUGGAUAGGAAACAGGAUGUCAUGCUACACUCUUAUUUGUUGUAUGAUGAAAACUGUGAAAAAUGAAUUUGUUAUGCUUUAGGUUGUAUAAAAGAUAUGGCUUCAUUCUCGGACACAAAGCUCCUUAACAGAAAUGCUGCUGUAUGAUCCCCACCUCUGAUGCUGCCAUUUUUUGUUUCUUUUGCAUAAAUGUAACUGGUGGGAUUCCAGGUUUUAAUAGUUCAAGUGCUGAUGGAUGGACAGGAGAGAUUGGAUUCUUGCUGUGAAGUUGGUUUUACUUAGGAUGGCAAAAUGGUGCACAAUUCCAUUUUUUGGGGGGGUUAUUGUGAGGUAAUUGGAAUACAGACCAAAUUAAGGGACUCAGUUUUGGUGAAAGCUGUUCAUAGGAGACAAACCAGAUGCUAUAAGACCAGGUCAGGGCUGCACAAGCCAAAUAUAAACAGACCUUCCAAGUGAAUUUAACAUUACAAGUUACAUGUAUCAUUAAGUAGUUCUUUUUGCUUGAUGUGGAUCGGAAUCAAGGAAUGUAAUGGUUUCUGAGUGUACGAAUUACAGAUCAAUUUCUAGACAUUAUCUUCCUGUCCAAUCAGUAUUGAUGUAAUAUAUUUUUUCCAUGUAUAUAUUUUAAAGAAGAAGGUGUAUUUUACCAGUUUUAUGAGCAGCAGACAAUGGCAGUUGCUUGCCUGAUAUAUCCCAGUGCCAAACAUGUUCCUCUAUUCAGUAUCUUGUGUGCGCAGGACUGCAUCGCCUGGAUCUUUUGUUUGUAAGCGUUGAUUUUAAAAGUAAUGAAGUUGCGGAAUAGUUGCAGAAGAUUUAAAACUGGCAUUGCAGCCUAUAAAUAGAAUUGCCUUCCAUUGAAAGUUUUGUGAGUAUAUUGUAAUCAAGUGUCUUGUCUACAUUACAUAAAGUCCCAAUUCUGAUGUACAAUUUGUUUUUGAAAAUUCACCUAUUGAUAGACCCGAAAUGUUGAUCUUUACUGUCAAUAGAUGUUUUAGUACAUUAUAAGAUCCAACUUCUUGUAAAAAGCUUUUGCACAGCAAAGAUCUUUUUUGAACUAUUAUGCUAGAAAUUUU